AUGGCAGAUGACCUUCCAGAAGAGCAUGUGCAGCGCACGCUGGCAGAGCUUCAUCCACAACCUGAAGAAGAAGCUGAGGUAAAUGCCAUUGAGGAGGACAGCUGCUUCCUGAGUCCAGAGGCGGAAACACGUAGUUUGAACCAAUUCUUCCCCUUGCAUCGUUGUGACAGAGAAGAGGAGCUUUUGGCACUUUGCCGCACCUGCGCGGAGCAGCUGGGCUUGGUAUCGCCUGGCACGCCUGGCGGCCUGCGGCGCUCGGGGGCCUUCCAGCUGGGUGCCCAGGUGCGGCACGCGGAGCUGGACGUGGUCUAUGUGCUGCCAGAGACGUCCUCCAUCGGUCCCUUUGGUCCGUUCCUGGAGCUCUUGCAGCAGAGGCUUCAGGCUUCCAGUCAAGCUGCUGUGGCGCCUUGUCGAUCCCAGGGCUCCUUGGAUGCUCCAGGGCUGCGUUUCAUGAAAGGCGAACGCUGGGUGCAGCUCUUUUUGGCGAAGGAGCAACGCGGCUUGCCCAGCGACACCACCGUGCCCUCCAUGGCAGCGCUCCACGGCCUUGAGGCGCGAGGUCCUGGUGGCAACUUCUCCGAUCACGAGCUCUCUCGUGCGGACUCCUUUGCAUCCACACGCGCCAGCACCGGAACCAGCCUAUCUCACGGGAAGAGCAUGGGUGCCCGUGAGACACAGCGGAAGAUGAUUGUGACACAUUUCUUGGAUGCCAAUGGUUUCAUGCACAUCAAUGAGGCUAAGGCCUCCUGGUUUGGUAAAAGCUAUCCUCUCCACGUGGCCGUUCGCCAGAACAAGACCGCCGUGGUCAAAGCGCUGCUCCUCUUGGGCGCGUGGCGUGAGGCCAAGAGCCGACGAGGUGAAACUGCGGAAGAGCUGGCGCUCAGGUGCCAACAGCGUUGGGGCGGAUAUGAAGAGAUCCUGAGGGUUUUUGAAGAGGACAAGCUUCGAAACCAGAGGGACGUCGACGUCGACCACCCGAACCGCGGAACCUCCACUGCAGCCUCUUCAUCGGGCGCAACUGCCGCCUCUUCAUCGGCGUCGGGGCAAGCGGCAGAGAGCUAUGACACACGAGUGUGA